CUUAGGCCCAGUACUAGCCCCCCCCCUCACCCCUCCACAUUCGUCCGCUUGUACUACUUCUUUUCUCUCUCGAUGCCCUGAAUAGAAUCGUGUGAUUCGUGAUCACGUUCGAUAUUCCAUCUUCACCUCUUCUGGCCAGCCACCAUGUACACCAUCGACAGCACCUAUCACCCCCCGUAUGUGGGCCUUUUUCUCCUCAUUUUCAGUUGCUGUGUAUACGCGGUCAUCCAAGUCUUGAAACCUGUCGACUUGAAACGCUCGAGCGGGAAAAGGAGAUGGUCUAUGCCACCGGGGCCACCAGGAGCUCCGGUCCUGGGAAACUUGCCACAUAUGAUGAAAGCGCGCCGCGGAGGAGCCCUGUCGUUUAACAAAUGGCUUGCCUCCCUGAUACCAUAUGGCGAAAUGGUGACAUUGCACAUGGGCUCCAAGACAUGGAUCGUGCUCAACUCGGACCGCGUCGUCUCGGAACUCAUUGCCAAGCGCGGUAGGAUCACCAACGAAAGACCGCAUAUGCCCAUCGCGAGCGAUCUCGUCAGCAAUGGAAAGCGCACGGUGAUCCGUCAGGAAGAAGAAUGGCGGGAGGGGCGCCGAGUGAUGCAUCAUUUGCUCAGCGGCUCGAAUCUCAAGGUCUAUGCCGGCAUGCAGGAGCUCGAGAGCGUCGACAUGCUGCGCCGGUACCUUCGGGAGCCCAAGCUGUGGUAUUCUCACCACUUCCGCUAUGCGACCUCGGUGCUCUACAGGAUCGUGAUGGGCUACCCCCUGCACAAGAGCAAGGCGGAGCUCGACGCCUACCAGAGGGUGACGAUCGAAUUCGUGUCGUCCAUCAACCAGAGCUACGUGGACUUUUUCCCUUCUUUCAGCAAGCUCCCCCAUGUGCUGCAGCCGUGGCGAAGCUACUGGAUGCAGAUGGGCGCGUUUCACCGCCGUGUCUUCCAACAAUGGUGGCAGCCCAUUAGCGCCGCCGUGCGCGACGGCUCGGCGCCUCCGUCCUUCGUUCGCGACGUCCUGCUCCAUCCAGACAUGAGGUACGCUGGAGACGAUGAAGAGGCCAUGUACCUGGCGACCUCUGUCAUGGCAGCCGGUGGCGACAACACGCGCAUGACCAUGAAUGUGUUCAUCAUGGCCAUGGUCGCGAACCCUGAAGCGCAGGCACGGGCACGUGCAGAAGUCGAUCGAGUAUGCACGAAGGGCGACUCGCUCAGGCUUCCUCGCAUGUCGGACAUGUCCGAAAUGCCCUACGUGGCGGCCAUGAUCAAAGAGGUUCUACGUUGGCGGCCCACCGUCCCUCUCGUUCCCCCACAUCAACUCACCGAGAACCUGGAGUUUGACGGGAAUUUCAUCCCGGCUGGCACAUGCCUCCUGAUCAACUCCAUUGCGCUCUCCAAGGAGUUCGAGGAUGCAAACAAGUUCAAGCCGGAGAGAUGGAUUCAAGGACCGCCAGGGUCGGGCAAGACAAUACCGAAUUUCUGGGGAUUCGGGGGCGGGCGUCGAGUCUGCGUCGGCUCCAAGGUGGCAGAGCAAGCUCUGUUCAUCAUCUUUGCCCGCUUACUCUACUGCUUCGAGUUGAUUCCGGAUGGGCCUAUCGACGACGAGAAACUCAAUCACCAGAGUCUGGACGAGCCAUUUCCCGUCGGGGCCACUGUACGCAGUGCUGGCCAUGCGGCACUGAUUGAGGGCGAGGCCGCAAAAUACGAGGCUUCCUUCUCUACAUUCGCUACAAAGUAGUAGGCCUCAGUCAUUCGUGUCACACGGGAAUACAGACCAAGAAGGAGGAGUAUGGGGGCAUGGAGGAGAUGCAGAACUUUGAACCUCAAGCUUUGAUCAGCCAUAUGUGGCUAUGAUUUUGUCCCAGACAUAGCUGUUGGUUCCAAAAGAGCAGAAGUGCCUGAUACGAAGGUCCAACCAAGACAAGAGUAUAUGAUACGUAGACAAUUCCAUCCUUGUUGUGUUGUUAGACAUUGGGAAAGCCAAAGCCUGGAGAAUCGGCGAAAAGUUUCAUUCCUGCCUUUGGUCGUCGUCGUGUACCACGUUGCUGAAUCGACUGUUCCCCC